AUUUCGACCAGGGCUGGGUCUCGUUAAAAUUAUUUAAUUGUUAAAACUCACAAAAUAGUUAUAGACAAAUAAUACUGUGACAUUAUUAAUUAUUUUUAAUUUAAAAAAUUCGUUUCUUAUCAGCUUUUGGUUAAAAAAAUAUCUAACAUAAGAAAAGGAGGUUACACGAUUAUCGACCUUCAGAACAAUACAAUAAAAACAAUAAAUACUAGACUAUUUAUUAUAGUCGAGAAAGAUUUAAAUACAAGUGUUUUACUGUCGAAAAAAAGAGGCGAAUUCAAAUAACCUAGGCCUGUGGUUUUUUUCCUUCAUCUAAACGGAAUACCCAAGUGGAAAAUGAAACCCAAGUCGGUUUCGAAAAAGGACGGCCCUGGGAAGCACGGCAGGGAGGUCUACCCGAACGGGAAGCAGAAAGAAGGAAGGAGCCAGUCGUGCGAGAGCCAAGAAGCAUCACUCUUCAAUUUUCCGUACCUGAAGUCAGUCGACAAGUCUCGAGACCUCCAUUGCUUCACGAUGAUUUUAAACAGAAACAAGGAAGAUGCUGUCGGGAUGAAGGAUCUGGACCGGCUCCAGUCUGAAUUGGAGCAGAUGCUAUCUGCAGCUGCCCUCAGACUCAGGGUGCUUCACAACGAACUGAACAAUUUCAGUGCCACGGAAGGAAAUAGAAACGAAACUUCUGUUAUAAUUAACAAUAAUAAAAAAAGAAAGUUAAAUGACGGGCAAGUAGGUAAGUCGAUGAAAGAAAUGGUGAAGGUUCGCGAGAAGGAAGCGACAACAAAAAUGGAGAGCUCUUCUAGUGAAAAUGAAAUUGACAACUCUUCAGACGUUCUUUGUGAAAAAAAGAAGGAGAAGAAGAAGAAGAUAAAUAACGAGCUAUCGAAUAAGUUCUGGGCUUCGGUCGAACCUUACGUAGGAGAUAUCACUGAAGAAAAUAUCGAAGACCUUGAAGAAUUAAUACAGAGUUGUGAUAAUGACAUGAUGAUUAAGAUACCACCAUUAGGCCUUCAUUAUACAUCAAGAUGGGCUGAUGAAGAUCUAAGCGAAGAGAAACAAUCAUCAGCUAUACGACAAACCAAAAAUAGUCCAAGUUCUGAAUCGGAUUCAAUCAGUCUAAUAAAACGAGCGUCAUCUUUAUGUUCUGAUAGAACUCCUGGGCCUUUUGUACAAAGACUCGUAUCCGCACUGAUGGAUGAGCCCUCACACAAUUCCUUCAACAGUAAAUUAGGAGAUGAAAAUGAUUCUACACUUUUCCUAGGAAAGUUACCACUCUAUCACACGUCAUCUUGUUUUGAAAGGAGGAUAAGAAGAGAACUCGAAGUCGUCGGACUUCUCGAUAACAAUGAUAAUAGUGAGGACACCGAUGAAAUUUUAACUGAGAUUAGGAAAUGUCAUGAAGAACUCAAGACAGUCGCCAUUCAAAAUAAAGAGCACCUCACAAGGCUGGUUGAGGAGGCCAAACAGGAAAUGAAAAAGCAAGAGAUCAAGAAGAAAAUAAAAGCCCUCGACACUCAGUUGAUUGAAAUUUAUCGAAAGAUAACAGCGGCCAAGCUCAAAAACAAGAAAACACUCCAGGAUAAGGAACGCGAACAGGCCUGGAAGACACUUAAAUCACGAGAAAUGUUACUCAAAGCUCUAGAAGAAGUCUAGACUUUACUUUUAUCAAAUCCAAAAUAUUUAAUUUUUAUGUAUAAAUACUAUAUGUACACACUGUAACCAAAACGGCAUUACAUAAAAUGUCCUAAUUUUAUAUUUAAAAACUAAGAAGGAUGUCGGAUUUAUUUUUAUCCAAUUUUUUUAUUUAUGUUGAAAUAAACAAGGAAGUUUAAUCACAUUUAAUCUGGUGCAUUUUU